CAUAUUUCACCAUCCGAAAAAUUCCUUCAGUGUGACUGCAUGAUAUAAAUAUCAUAAAGCUGCACUCUCACUGAUUUGCAUUUUAUGCUCUUUUUUGCUUUACUUUAUUUUACUUUGAUCAUAUGUCUGUCUGUUCUGUCCAUUUGAACCACUAGUCUUCUUUUUCUCAGCCUUCGGAUGGGAAACAACGUCCUGCAAGCUGUUUUUGUGAGAGGAAGUGACCCAGAGCGUGGUGAGAACUCACUCAGAUCAGCGUACUACCUCAAGCAGAGCAGCCAUGUUCCUCAGCAGUUCCACUGCUUUCUUUUUAUUCUUCAUUACUCUCUCUACAUUUCCAUCUACACCUAAAAGCAGCGAGAAUAUCAUAGUGCAAGUGACAUAUUCAAGGCAUCCAGUAAGGGGAACAGAGGGACAGCCACUGACUCUCAAGUGCUCAGCACAGUAUGACGAACAGCAAUGUAGAAACAUCUCGGUCUACUGGUGUCUUUUGGUGUUAGAAAAGUCAUGUCAGCCACUUACUGAUCCGGACAGAUACUCGAUCCAUAUCAACGAGACUCAAAUCAGCGGGGAAAGUGUGUUCAGGCAAAGAGAUGCUUUUGUUACAUUUACACGGCUGACUCUCAAUGACACCGGCUUUUAUCAGUGUAAAGCCGUAUGUCAGCACACUGAGACCACAGCUAUGGGACAUCUCAUCAAUGUCACUGUGACAGGUCAGGAGGAGACAACAAACAUCUUCUUCACAGGCGACACUAAUAAUGGUCAGAAGAUCCGGAGCGACCGAUGCAGUGUGGUGUUUCUUCUGACAAUCAGCAGCGUCUUCCUCCUUUUAUGGAGCCAUCAAAUGUGAUUAUUUCAUCUUCGUGGAACACCAAAUGCUGUAAAUAAGAAAACUUUAUUAUCAUAAAUAUCAUUCCUAUGCCGUGUUCCCUUUUUGGUGGGCUAGUAUUAUUAACUAUUGCAUUAUUAUGUUGCAUUGCUCAUGCUGCACUAUGGCAUGUGGACUGUGAUGUUACAUAGGCAGUAGACUUACUCUCGAAAACUCAGGCCAUAAAUAUAAGAAUGCUUCUGGUUAUAAUCUCACUGCCUAUCUGCAGUUCUGUGUACACGAACUCACGAGCGCAACAGGAAACAGGGUAGAUUGGAAAUGAUUGUAAGAGUCUGUAACAUCUAGAAAAGAAGUUAGUGGCAGGUUUGUUCUGCAAGCCAGAUGUUUAGUGGCAAUACAUAUAUGUAUAUAGAUAGAUAGAUAUAUAGAUAUAGAUAGAUAGAUAGAUAUAGAUAUAGAUAUAUUAUUGCGCAAUAACCAGGUUUUGUAAUAGCACAGUUUUCGUUUGGUUUUUUUUAACAAUUGCCUCCCUCCUACACUUCAUGAUGUAACAACAGUCUGUGGUUUUUCAAAUGGAAUAUCUCAAAUAGCUUCUUCCUGUGGUAAUCAUUAAAGCUAAUGUCUCACUCUUCCUCACAUGCAAGUCUCUGUUAAGUCAAGAUAAUUACAAUUCUACUGAUUAGUAACUUAAUAGCAAGACUAAAUUGGUAAAACAUGCUUUUUUGCCUUGUUUUGUUUGAUUUGAGAGAAUCUAUACAAUCUGUCUUGCUCUUUAAUACCUCCGUGCACACCUUUAACUCUGGAAAUUUCUCAAUUAAAGGAUGACAUCAGGCUUGAAAGAGGAGUGGAGGACAGAAUGAGGCCAGCUGUCAAGCAAGAUAUAUACUUAAAUUUUCAUUCUGAGAUCUUUGCUGAUUAACAGUUUUACCAGCUCCAGACUUCAAAGACAUGAUAUGUGAUUUUUAAAGAGUUUCAUUCUGUCAUGAGUGAACAAAGUUAUACAAUGUUGGAAAUCACUCAUAUUUAAAAGAAAUACCAGUUACUUUGACCUACUUUAUAUUACUAACGAAAGAACAGCUAAGCUCUUGUGGUCAGCUAUGUUUAUGUAUUGGAAAUGCCUUAUACCGUGUAUUUUUAGUCCUCUCUAUUUUUAAACUUUUCUUAGAAUUAAGGACAGGUGAAAAUUUAGAAAUGACUUCAUACAUUAUAGGAAAUGGUUACAUUUCAAGCACAAUGCCAUGCUCAUAACCUCUUAUGGCUUAUAAAAGUAAAAAGACAUCACUGGCCAGAUGCUGCUGUUUCACAAUGACAAUAAAAGGAGAAAAGGAAAAA